AUGGAUCCAAACUCCAUCUUGCUUUCUCCUCAGCCCCAGAUCUGCUCCCACCUGGCAGAAGCCUGUAUGGAAGGUGAGAGAAACUCAUCUCCUCCAGAGCUGGGUAGAGACUCCCAGUUUCCCUGGAGCCAGGUCCCCAGCUGCAGCCCUUCAGACCCCGAAUGGUUUGGUGAUAAGCACAUCCAGGCAAAGAGGGCCAGAGUGGAAACCAUCGUCCGAGGCAUGUGUCUCUCCCCGAAUCCUCUGGUACCAGGCAGUGCACAAGCUGGGGACAGCCCACGCUGCCCAGAAAAGGCCCGAGAGAGGAAGAGGAAGCAGAGCCUUCCCACACAGCAAGGCCUCCUGAUGCCACCCCCUGCCUGGGACCAGGGCAACAGGAAGGGGGGCCCUCGUGUGAGAGAACAACUUCACCUGCUGAAGCAACAGCUAAGACAUCUGCAAGAGCACAUCCUACAGGCCGCCAAGCCCAGGGACACAGCUCAGGGGUCAGGAGGCUGUGGCACCGGGAAAGGCCCUCUGAGUGCAAAGCAGGGGAAUGGCUGUGGGCCUCGCCCCUGGGCUGCAGAUGGUGACCACCAGCAGGGUUCCAGCAAGGACCUCUCUGGGGCAGAAAAACACCAACAGUCUGAGGAGCCCAGGUUCCUUCCAUCUGGAGCACCAGAUUCACUGGAGAUUCUGAGGAAAGAGCUGACCAGGGCAGUGUCCCGGGCUGUGGAUUCAGUAUUUCAAAAGGUACUGUUGGAUCCACCAGGCCGCCUGACUCAUCUGGGCAGAAGUUUCCAGGGGCAGGUGCCAGAGGGUAGAAGCGAGCCCUCACCUCCUGUGGGAGAGGCCUGUGAAGAUCCACUUGCUUUGGCUGCCUUGCCCAGGAGGGUCCAGCUACAAGCUGGGGUCCCAGUAGGAAACUUGUCACUGGCCAAGCCUCUAGAUUCUCCUAGGUACCCUAUCCCUCCAAGAAUGAUCCCCAAACGCUGUCAGGAUCUCCCAGCAAACUGUCCCUUCACUGCACCUUCCCACAUCCAGGAAAAUCAGAUUCUUAGCGAGCUACUGGGUUAUGGAUGCAACAAAGGCCAUUGGAGUAGCAGUCCUCCCCAGGACUCAUCUUCCCAGAGGCACCCCUCCUCAGAGCCCGCCCUACGACCUUGGAGAACUACUAAACCGCAACCAUUGGUCCUGAGCCAGCAGCAGUGUCCGCUGCCUUUCACCUCUGCCCAUCUGGAAAGUCUGCACCUUCUUCCCUCGGUGAAGAUGGAACAGGGAGGCCUGCAUACCGUCACUGAGGCACUGCCUUUCUCUUCGGUCCACAUCCAAGAAGGUCUAAACCCUGGUCACUUGAAGAAGGCCAAACUAAUGUUUUUCUUUGCACGAUAUCCCAGCUCCAACCUCCUGAAGGCUUAUUUUCCUGAUGUUCAGUUCAACCGCUGCAUUACCUCCCAGAUGAUCAAAUGGUUCAGCAACUUUCGUGAGUUUUAUUACAUCCAAAUGGAAAAAUCUGCCCGGCAAGCAAUUUCAGAUGGUGUCACAAAUCCCAAAAUGCUGGUGGUUCUCCGCAAUUCAGAACUUUUUCGAGCUCUCAAUAUGCACUAUAACAAGGGAAAUGACUUUGAGGUUCCAGAUUGCUUCUUGGAAAUCGCCAGCUUGACGUUACAGGAAUUCUUCAGGGCUGUCUCCGCAGGGAGAGACUCAGAUCCUUCCUGGAAGAAACCCAUUUAUAAAAUUAUUUCUAAACUGGACAGUGACAUCCCAGAGAUAUUCAAAUCUUCCAGCUAUCCCCAGUAGCUGUUUCGGGGUUAAGAUCUCACAAUGUGAGGAGUGACUGGCUAGCGUUUCCUGGGUUUGUCUUAAAUGGCAAUAUAGCUGUAGUCAUAUAAAAAGGGCACAAGGAAAUCUCCUCUACCAAAAUAGGUACUAUUACCAUUUUGAUCAUUUAUUUCCCUUUCCAGAAUCAUCAGAAAUUGAAAUUUUACUAUAAAAUGGACUAACUGUAUUGGUAGUAUAUUGUAAAAGGAACACAAGUUUUCAAUCAGAAGACUUGAAGCUCAACUCCAUUGUUUCCAGGUGUUGUGACCCUGGGAACUUCCUGGUAUCUCUGCAUCUGUAAAAUGAGGUUGUUAAGGAUUAAAGGACAGUAUGUCCUAUGCAACGUUAUUCACACACAAAUGUUAGUUUUUUGAACCCCUCUUUCAGAUAAGGUUAUCUUAUUUGGGGUUUUUACAAAUUGCUGUUUUUAGUCUCCUACUUAUAAAGCGCCAUCUAUUUGCUAGAUGCUUUCACAUACUUUAUCUUUAAGCUUUUCACCCUGAAAAGUAGUUAUUAUCAUCAUUUAAAAAAUGACCAAACAGAAACUUUAGAACUGCAAAGUAACUCGCCAAAGCCUAUGAGGCCAGGGCAUCUGGGUUGAUAGGGACAGUCAGAAGCCUGGAGGAACCAAGACUUUCUGAUGCCCGACUGCGUGCUGGACCCAUCUCCUGCAGUUAACUCAGGAUCUCAGGCAGGACCCCACCCCUAGUAAGCAUCCAGCGCUGACAGGGCACCAUCACCUGACAACUCCUGCUCAGCACUUAGGAGCACUUCACCGCCCAAGAUUUUUGCUGAUCAUUUCAGCAAACUCAAGACAAACUUUCUGCAGGACUUCAGUGUUGCUGUUUAUUCACAUUUGUCUGCUGGAAGAGUUUAUCAGCUGGAUCAUGCAAAUAGUCUCCAGUUGACCAUUGCAAUUGGUGCCCCAACCUCAUAUAUGCAGAAGCUGAACUUCAGACUGUGAAAGGUAGAAAGGGCCUUAGGAGAUCAUCUGGCCCACGCUGCUUAAAUUAGGAAGGAAGAACUGUGGUCCAGACAGGAGGCUUGCACAGGCUGUGCACAGCCUUGCAGAUGAUAAAUGGCAUAACUGGGACAAAUGCAGCAUCACACAGAAAUGGAAAUUCUCCCACUCUGUAACAAAAUUACAGUCCAUGGCUGACCUUCCACUGAUGAUGGAAUUCAUGAAAUCAACAUUUACCCCACUGCUGGCCCAACACAAAUUGUGACCCACUCUUGAGCAUACAGGCGAGACACGUACAAAGCUGAGUAACUGCAUCUGUCUUCUAAGCUAGUCAGGAUCAAGUCUUUGUAAGCACUGCCAAAGGUACGCGGGGUUGGGUGGGGGUAAUACAUAGCUCGGGCUUUGUAGUCCUGAUUAGGGGUGUCUGUGAGUUCAUUAGCUUCUUUCCUAUCUAUAUAAAACAAGUUUCAUAUUUGGCUACUCAACUUCCAUGAUUUUUCUGUUGGGGCGCUGCUGGAGCAGAUGAGAUAAAAUCCCUAAACUAUUACUAGAACUAUCAGCAUAAAAAGGUAUGAAAGAUGAAUUUUCCUUCACAUUUUCUCUUCAAACAGCUGAAAGGAAAAACAAAACAGACUUAGCCCAAACCCGUCUUUAUAGGCUAAAGGUUAUUAAGUGCCCUCCAAUACAUCCAACUGCACUCAGAAGAUCUUUGCCCUAUUUUCACAAAAAUGAAGGAAUCUGCCAAACCUAAGUUUUAAACACAGGCAAGCAUGGAGUGCUCUGAGCACGGGCAAUCAGUUUUCUGUGUCUGGAGACAGUAGAAGAACCCUCUAUCCAGAGUGACAUUACAUACCUAAGUUAGACACACAGGGGAAACAAGUUCACAUGAUUGUCCAACUGAGAGCAGCCCUUCUUCUGUCCCAAACCUGAAAUUCAUUAGUGUGUGUUUAAAGGCUGAGCCAAGUCACCUCCAGGGCAGUGAACGUUGUCUCAGGGACCAAUUAGAUGAAAUGUACAAGCUCAAAUUGAAAACAUUUGUGUGUUGCACUCUUUCCAGGAAGUGUUCUCUAACCACUGAGCUAAACACAGAAGAAUGUAUAAAUACAUAUGCUCUGCCAACAGAAGAAUUCUAUUUGAUUAUAAUUUUCUGUUUCUACCAAGUGUGUAUCCCUCUCUCUUGGAAACACAUGGAGUGUAAGCUGAGUGGGUUAUUAUGUUCUUUUAGCAAUCACACUUUGCCAAAGAUCUGGUCAUUCUUUCCAUUAAGGUAUAUGAGGGCGCUAUUUUAUUUUUUUGAGACAGGGUCUCACUCUGUCAUUCAGG